AUAAAUAUUUUUAUGUAACAGUUGACAACACUGUCUGUCAAAUAACUUAAUGAGCACUCCCUCCUACAACCGCAAAAAGAGGUUAAAAAGUCUUUCUGCACACGCUACAUAUAUACUUAAAAGGGAAACGCGAUAGGUGCCCUAGCCGGUCUCUGUGAUGUUUUGCUGAUAUCUCCAUCCUCGAAGCCUUCUCGAAUUAAAACCCAUUACCGUUCAAAACAAAUAAUGUCCAAAAACAAUAUUAACGGUAGUAGAAGCGUGUCCUCCGCUAGUUGUAACAGUUGCCCCUCAGAUGCUGAUGAUAGCCUUAAUAAUGGAAUUGGAGGCUUAUCAAUUUCAAACGAUAAAAGACCCUCUUCAACUUCAUCUCGUACCCAAAAAGCAAGACGAAUAAAAUUUUAUCAUAACGGCAAUAAAUUUUUUGGUGGGGUAAUUGUUCCGGUGGGUCCUGAUCGAUACCGAUCGUUUGAGAGUCUGAUGACUGAAUUAACUGCUAUUUUAAGUAGAAGUGUUACCUUACCUAGUGGAGUUAGGAGCAUCUAUACGGUAGAAGGAAAAAAAGUUUCUACAAUUGAUGAACUUGAAGAUGGUAAAGAUUAUGUAUGUGGUGGUAAAAACGAACAAUUUAAGAAGUUAGAAUAUUGUAAAAUCGAUCAAAACAAACCGAAACGCACCUCAACAAGUCGCUUAAUUCCCCAAACAGCAACCCAGAAAAUCAUCCCUCCAGAUUACGUCCGACCUAAAAUAAUUACACUAAUUCGAAAUGGUAUUAAACCCAGAAAAGUGAUUAGACUGUUAUUGAAUAAACGAAACUCCGCUAGUAUUGAACAGGUGCUAAGUGCACUUACAGAGUCAGCGUCAUUAGAUUCAGGGGCCGUAAGAAAAGUCUUUACAUUAUCUGGCCGACCUGUUACAAGUUUAGUUCAAUUUUUCGAUACCGGCGAUGUUUUCUUCGUCUACGGAAACGAAAGGGUGCUCCCAGAUGAUUUUGAACUUGAAUUUGAAGAAAGCAAAGCAAUACACCAACACAAAAAAACUCCAGGAUUACGAAACGGGGGUGGUCCUAAACCGAAAAUGCCUAAUAAAACUAAAAACAGAACAUACAUUUCAGAAGAAAAUUUAUUUUUAAAAUUAAAUAAAGAUGGGGUGUCUUUGCCGGAUUAUUUAGCACAAAAAUAUACGUGCGGAAAAAUGAUCGGGGAAGGCAAUUUUGCAAUCGUUAAAUUAUGUCUUGAAAAAGAAACUAAUUUCGAAUACGCUCUAAAAAUGAUUGAUAAAUCAAAAUGUCAAGGAAAAGUAGAUAUGGUUGAAAAUGAAGUGAGAAUUCUCAGAAAAUUAAAUCACCCUAAUAUUAUGAAACUCAUAGAUGAAGAAGAUACAAAACCUAUUUUGUAUCUUGUUUGUGAGUAUGUUCAAGGUGGUGAUUUAUUUGAUGCAAUAACACAAGUUCAUAAAUUUUCCGAAGAACAAUCGGCUUUAAUGAUUACUCAUCUAACAUCCGCUUUGGCCUACUUGCAUAAUAUAAACGUUGUACAUCGAGACGUAAAACCAGAAAAUUUAUUAGUUGAUUUCCGUGACAAUAAAGUAAGAACUUUAAAAUUGGGCGAUUUCGGUUUAGCUUGUGAAGUAAACGAGCCUUUAUAUACCGUUUGCGGAACACCGACCUAUGUAGCACCGGAAAUUCUCGCCGAAUCAGGAUAUGGAUUAAAAAUAGAUGUUUGGGCGGCUGGUGUAAUUCUUUAUAUUCUCCUCGUGGGUUAUCCGCCGUUUAUAAGUAAGGAUAACGAUCAAGAGAAACUUUUCGAUUCAAUUUUGUCGGGACAAUACGAUUUUCCCGAUGAAUAUUGGCACGAAGUCUCUGAUAUGGCCAAGGAAUUAAUUACCAAUAUGUUGCAAUUAGCGCCGGAACUUCGAUUUUCAGCCGAAGAUGUUUUGGAUUAUCCUUGGCUAUCGAUUGUUGAGUCGUAGAAACAAAUUACUAAUUGCUCUAGAUGCGUGCCUUACAAAGAGGUUACGUAAAAAUAUGAAAAAUAAAUAAAGACGAUUUUAAAAACGCUGAUUUAGAAAAAAAAAAAGGAAAAGAGAUGUAGAGUUAUAAAGCCUUUUUUUAGGUAGAAUUAAAAUAAUAAAGAAAACUAAUAAAAGAGACUAAGUAAGUCUCACAACGAAGUAAUCUCUUUCGAAAACCAUUGUGAUUUAGUUAUGUAUACUUGUUUUUUUUUAUUGUUUAGAUUUUUUUGGUUUCGUUUACAUAUUUUUGUAUUCUUUUUAAAAAUAACACAAAUUGUUCUAAGUGAAUUGUGAUCAAGGUUCCAAAUACCAAAGUGCAUUUAAAGUUGUUCUCUUAUCAUCACCUAAUUUUUUUCAUUUGUACAUACUUUUUUUCGAAUAAUUAACCGUACGAAAGUAAGUGCUACUUUUUUCUAUUUCACAUCGACUUUUCAAUUAUUAAGAUAGUAAAUGUAUUGAUAUUUUUUAUUGAACAUCAC